ACCCUGGAGACCGUAGUUAAUCAUUUCAACGAAUGACACCUGUUACGUUCAAAGGGGAAGCCGGGAGGCCAUGGAGUAGUGGUAUUAGUUUAUCCUUUCGCGCGGAGUAAUCUUUAAUAUUUGAACAAGUUUUGUAGUUAAUACCACGUCCACCUAUUGUCACUAUUCUUAAAAAAAAAAGAGCGUCUCAAACGACUCAAAUCUAGGGCUACUUCUCGUGAACUGGUUACCAGCGGCGGCCAUCUUUGAUUGACCUGCCACCAUGCGCCUGAUCCUGCGUCGGCGCAUGUCCCCCCUGAAGCUGGUUCUGGCUGCGGGGACUAUCUUCCUGGUUGUCCUGGUGAUCCUCCAGAGGGACGUGGGCUCCAACCCUUCCCAGGACCCGUGGUUCCAGGACCUGGUGGAGCGCAAGGAGAGGGUGUUGGGGAUGGUCCGAGGCGCCGUCAACAACCUGGGUUUCCAGAUUGGCGCUCCAGAGCCUCGACCGGCGGAGCCCACCCCAGACAGCAACUGUCCUCCAGGCUUCUACUCUCAGGUGGACCUCAAGCCAGUCCUGGAGAGACCCCCUCAGGACCCUCAGGCCCCCGGGGCAGACGGCAAGGCCUUUGAGCAAAAUAAAAUGACACCAGAGGAGGAGAAAGAGAAGGAGAAGGGAAUGACCGUAAACUGUUUCAACCAGUUCGCCUCGGACCGGAUCUCCCUGAGCCGUAGCCUGGGAGAUGACACCCGGCCACCAGAGUGCGUGGAGCGUAAGUUCCGCCGCUGCCCCGCCCUCCCCACCACCAGUGUGGUCAUCGUGUUCCAUAAUGAGGCCUGGUCCACACUGCUGCGGACGGUCUACAGUGUCCUCCACACCUCGCCCGCCACCCUGCUCACCGAGAUCAUCCUGGUGGACGACGCCAGCACCGCAGAGCACCUGGGGACUCGGCUGGACGAGUAUGUGAAGCAGCUGAAGAUCGUGAAGGUGGUGAGACAGCUGGAGAGAAAAGGCCUGAUCACAGCCAGGCUCCUGGGGGCCAGAGUAGCACAGGGGGAGAUACUCACCUUCCUGGAUGCUCACUGUGAGUGUUUCCAUGGCUGGCUGGAGCCACUGCUGGCCCGUAUCCUGGAGGAGCCCACUGCUGUCGUUAGCCCAGAGAUCACCACCAUCGACCUGAAUAACUUUGGCUUCAUGAAGCCUGUAUCCACCGCCAAGGCCCAAAACCGAGGCAACUUUGACUGGAGCCUCACCUUUGGCUGGGAAGGCAUCCCAGGUCACGAGAGGGACAGGCGCAAGGACGAGACCUACCCUGUCAAAACGCCAACGUUUGCUGGAGGUCUCUUCUCCAUCUCCAAAAAGUACUUUGAGCACAUCGGCACGUACGAUGACAAGAUGGAGAUCUGGGGGGGUGAGAAUGUCGAGAUGUCCUUUAGGGUGUGGCAGUGUGGGGGCCAGCUGGAGAUCAUCCCGUGUUCUGUGGUGGGGCACGUGUUCCGCACGAAGUCCCCGCACACCUUCCCCAAAGGUACCGAGGUCAUCACACGGAACCAGGUGCGACUGGCCGAAGUCUGGAUGGACGACUACAAACGCAUCUUCUACCGACGCAACCAGAACGCCGCCAAGAUGGCCCAAGAGAAUAGGUUUGGGGACAUCUCUGAGCGUGUCAGCCUGCGGGAGAGACUGCAGUGUAAGAACUUCACUUGGUACCUGAAUACUGUUUACCCUGAGGCGUUUAUACCAGACCUCAGUCCCACCAAGUUUGGAGCAAUUAAGAACCUGGGCGCUCAGAGCUGUCUGGAUGUGGGAGAGAACAAUCAAGGAGGAAAACCACUGAUCAUGUACUCCUGCCACAACAUGGGAGGCAACCAGUACUUUGAGUACACGUCUCACAGGGAGCUGCGCCACAACAUCGGGAAGCAGCUGUGCCUGCAGGCCAGCCCCCCACCGGAUCCGGUCAAGAUAGAACUGUGUACUCUGAAGGGACUGGGAACCAGCGUGCUCCCACAUCAGGAGUGGGUCUUUACCUCGGAGAAUCUCCUAAAGAACCCGGCCACUGGAAUGUGCUUGUUCCUGAAAGCAGACCAGAUACUAAUGAACCACUGCAAUGCAGCUGAUUUUAAUCAGCACUGGACAUUCAGUUGACGACCCGGACCUGAACAGGCCCUGGAGCUUCAGUGGACCACUGACCCAACUCAACCCUACAGAGACUCUGGGUCCUGUAGUUGGGAGGAACACCAGGGACCAGCAAACCCCUCUGUAAUGGCAGACCUGAGAGGAAUGGGCAGGUUAAAAUGCACUUCUGAACACUGCUGUGAAGGACCUCAGGAUUUAACCUCUGACUGUUUUUAAACUGUAUUUAUGAUGAUGGCAAUCUCAGGAAUGGAGUAAGUCUGGUUUCUUCUUAUAGAGUGAACUGAACUAGGCACCCUGGGUCAUGUUCAGUAGGGCGUGUUCAGAACUAAAUUGUCCGAUAACAGAAGUCCAAUUUGUAAGUGUUGUUGCUGUGGGUAUUCCUACGGUAUUACCUAUUGAACUAUGCCCUGGUCUGGCAGGCUGCUAUGACAGGGGGAGGUCUGUUCUAGACCACCAGGACCUCAAUAGAGAAGUGCCUUUUCUUUACACUCCAGAUUAUAAGUCAUUGUUUUAUUGUUCUAACUUAUAUUUUGUCAUGUAGUUAUUGUGGAAAUGGUGGAAUUAUGUUGCGGUGUCAAUGGAAAUUUACAGUAUAUGCCAAAGGGAAGGGGUCCAUACAUUUUUUUUUAACAUUUUGUAAUUGGAGGUACUUUUUGUCUCAGGAUAUGAGUGACAGAAAAGGGGAAUAUUCUGUGUUUAAAAAAGAUUUAAAAUAAUAAUAAAUGUAUCUGAUACAAAUAUAAAUCCUUGGAUUGCAUAUUGAAUGUUUCCUUUUUUUUUUUACAAAUUUUACUUAAGGGCCCUACCAUAAAUAAAUCAAAAACCGA